AUGCCGAGACCAUGCUCGUGGUUCUUACCUCCUAACAAUUUGUGGUCCCUUCACUGUGAUGGUUCGCUGUCUGAUGGUAGAGCUGCUUUUGGAGGAGUGAUUCGUAAUGCGAUUGGACAACCUGUAGCUGCAUUUGCUAACCAAGGGUUGGAACUUUGCAUUCUCUCCAUGGAGUUGGCUGCUAUACAUAGAGGCAUCUCCCUUUGCAUAGAGAGAGGAAUCCUUGAUGUUUCUAUCAGAUUUGAUUCCAAGUUGGCGAUUGACACUAUUUCUGGCAAGGUUGUAGGACCUUGGAAAGUACAACCUCUCAAGAGUAGAAUCCUUGCUUUGGCAACUGAUUUGAGAAUGAAAGAAUUCACCCAUGUUUGGAGAGAACAAAAUCGACCAGCAGAUUUUAUGGCUGCAGUCCCUUGCGACUCACAUGGGAUAGUUUGGGAUCCUGGAGAUUUCCCCCCUGCCCUUAUUGACUACCUUAAGCAGGACUCAGAUUUUGUCACUUAUUACAGGCCGUAG